AUGGACAAGCUGAAAUUGAGAACUGAGAAAUGCGGAUUAAUUGUGAAGCAGUGGGACAACCGGUGGGACCCUAUGGGGAUUAAUUGUGAAGCAGUGAGACAACCGGUUUUCAAGAGCAAAGAAGAAUUACUUGGUUGGGUACGGGACGUCGGAAGGAAAAAUGGGUUUGUGAUUGUCAUUAAGACAUCAGACUAUGGUGGUGGUCAUAGGACACCAAGGAUAUUUCUUGCCUGUGAGAGAAGUGGUCAAUAUAGAGCUCAUAAGAAAUUAGAAGGAGAUGAUUCGAGCAAAAAAAUUGUGAAGAUAACGGGUACAAAGAAAUGCGGGUGUCCCUUUGAGUUAAGGGCUCGUAAGUUGAUGGCUGAUGAUGAUUGGAUGGUAGAUGUAGCAUGUGGAACGUAUAACCAUGCUCCUGCUAAACAUUUUGAAGGACAUUCAUUUGCAGGGAGAUUAUCUGAGGAAGAAACAUCAUUAUUAGUGGAUAUGUCCAAAAGUAUGGUCAGACCGAAAGAGAUUUUGGUUACAUUGAAAUGA